GAUGAACACUGCCACCACGAGCAGUCCCUGCGCGCGCUGCACACCGACAUGGACGCCAUGCGGCAUCUCAUUACAUGCAAGAUGUGUUAUCGCUUCCUGUACGAGCCCUACGGGCUGAGCUGCGGCCACACAUAUUGCUACAGCUGUCUAGCGCAAUGGAUGUGCAACUCCAAGACGUGUCCCGACUGCCGCGCCAAGGUCAAGGAGCAGCCCACGCCGACGUUCCUGGUUCGAGAAAUGGUGAGAGUGUUCGUGGCGAAGGACGAGCUACUACCGGACGGAGAGACGAAAGAAGAGCAUGCGAAGAUGGCAAAGGAGGAAGCUGAACUGGUCGCAAAAGAUAGAGCGAACGAGGAUGUCGCAUUGGGAGGUCUAUUCCGGGGACGCUUCCGCAAAGGAAGCAGAUUUCACCCUGUAAAUGCUUUUCGCGAUGAAAGUGAUAACGUUUGGAGAUGUCCCGCUUGCAUGAACGAGGUCGAG